AUGGCUCGUCGUCCCUCCCUCUCCGACAUCCGCGCCGCUAAUCCGGACCUGGCUCUAAGCGGCAACAUCAUCUCGGCUGCUUUCAACAUCCCGCAUGCCCUGACCUACAACAAGGGCGGCGACUGGGGCCUCAAACCCCGCCGCGGCCAAUCCGCGCUCUUCGACUCCUUCACCUACCUCUCCUCUGACGUCAACCCGUGGAACCACACCGUCGUCUCGUGGACCGGCGAGAUUGAUUUCCCCAAGGAAGACGUCAACCCGCCUCCGCAAUCGCCGCGAGACACCACCCUCGGCGUCUCGUCUCUCAAUGCCCUCUCCGCCCCCGUCCCCGUCGAUGCAAACUCACAGUUGCCCACACCGCCCCCCGUCGAUGGCCUCUGGAUCCCAAAGGCCGACCAGGAGCGCCUGGAAUACCAGCUCUCUCACAGCAAGACUAUCAAGACGGUCCCCGUCUGGCUGGCCGACGAGGAUGAGACCACAGACGAGGGCAUCAUGCUCAAGGACCAAGGCAGAUGGCGAGGCUACGCCCAACACGACCUCUACAGCCUCUUUCACUACAAGCAGCACGAACCCACCGAUGGCCGUAAGGAGCGCGUUCAGUGGGCAGACUACUACCGUAUGAACCAAAAAUUUGCCAACAAGAUUAUCGAGUUUUACAAGCCCGGCGACAUUGUUAUUAUUCAUGACUACUUCCUCAUGCUGCUACCCAGCAUGCUCCGCCAGCGUGUGCCCAAGAUGCACAUUUCCUUCUUCCUACACUCGCCCUUCCCGAGUUCCGAAUUCCUGCGCUGCCUGCCCCGCCGAAAAGAGAUUCUUGAGGGCAUUCUCGGUUCCAACCUCGUAGGCUUCCAGUCCUUUGGCUACGCCCGCCACUUCCUCAGCUGCUGCACCCGCAUCCUGGGUUUCCCCUCUGAUACGACAGGUGUCGAAGCCUACGGCAGCCGUGUGCAGGUGGGCGUCUUCCCCAUUGGCAUUGACGCUGCCAAGGUGGAGGCGGCGGCAUCUGCACCAGCCGUCAACGAAAAGUACGACGCCCUCAAGAAGCUCUACCAAGGCAAGAAGAUCAUCGUCGGGCGCGACCGAUUGGAUAGUGUCCGUGGUGUUGCGCAGAAGUUGCAAGCCUUUGAGCGCUUCUUGGAGACAUACCCUGAGUGGAGGGAAAAGGUGGUCCUGAUCCAGGUCACUUCGCCCACCACAUCGAGCGAGGGCGACAAGGACGAUGGCGAGAGCAAGAUUGGCAGCCAGGUCAACGAGCUUGUCAUGCAAAUCAACGGCCAGUACGGCAGUCUGAGUUUCUCACCAGUGCAGCACUACCCCCAGUACCUUAACCAGGACGAGUACUUUGCGUUGCUGCGAGCCGGUGAUAUUGGUUUGAUUACGUCGGUGCGAGACGGCAUGAACACAACCAGUCUCGAGUACAUUAUUUGCCAAAAGGACACCCAUGGGCCUUUGAUUCUGUCCGAGUUUAGCGGAACGGCGGGAAGCUUGGGUGAUGCCAUCCACAUCAACCCUUGGGACCUGACCAAUGUGGCCGAGAAGAUUAACAGCGCGCUGACUAUGCCCGAGAACAAGCGCGUCGAGAUGCAGCAGCGGCUAUAUGCUCAUGUCACAACCAACACUGUCCAGGCGUGGAUCGACAAGUUUAUCCAGCGCGUCACCAGUGUCUUGGGCGAGGCGUCUAACCAGCACUCGACACCACUGCUGGACCGCUCUAUUCUAUUGUCCCAGUACCGCUCUGCCACGAAGCGAGUCUUUAUGUUUGACUAUGACGGCACCCUGACGCCGAUUGUGCGAGAACCUAGUGCGGCCCUGCCUUCGCCGCGUCUGCUGGAAGGCCUCACCGAGCUGGCGGCCGACCCCAAGAACGCCGUGUGGAUCAUUUCCGGCCGCGACCAAGAGUUUCUGGUGCAGCAUCUCGGCCACAUCAAGGGCAUUGGCUUCUCGGCCGAGCACGGCAGCUUUAUGCGUGACCCCGAGUCCGAGGAGUGGAUUAACCUGGCUGAAAAGUUUGACAUGACAUGGAAGGACGAGGCUAUCAAAGUAUUCCAGAGCUACACGGACCGCGUACCUGGAUCUUUUGUCGAGCGUAAGCGAUGCGCCGUUACAUGGCACUACCGACUGGCCGACCCCGAGCAAGGCCUUCAUAUGGCGCGAGAGUGCCAAAAGGAGCUCGAGGGUGGCGUAGCCCGUCAGUGGGAUGUCGAGGUGAUGGAGGGCAAAGCCAACAUUGAGGUACGACCGACAUUCAUCAACAAGGGCGAGAUUGCGAAGAGACUCGUCGCACGAUACCACAACCCCGGCCAGGAUCCCACAGCAGAGGACCCGAACCCCGGCCAAGUAGAAUUUGCUCUGUGCUGUGGUGAUGACACAACGGACGAGGACAUGUUCCGCAGCCUCAACGGGGCGGCAGGCACCGUUUUGCAGGAAGACCACGUGUUUACCGUGACGGUUGGCGCAAGCACCAAGGUGACGCUGGCCAAGUGGCAUGUCCUGGAGCCCGAGGACGUGAUUGAGUGCGUAGCCCUGCUGUCUGAAUUCAAGUCAUCACAGCGCUUGAGCGAGGUGAACCUGGCAGCAUUGGCCUCUGUCGAGGGCCACAUUCCGCCCCAGUAG